CGACCGCUAGUGACAGCCUCUUUCCUCUUUCUUUCUCUCUACGCUACGCGGGCUGGGCGCUCCUAGCACCCGCCUUUUCUGGACUUCUCACAAGGUCUACAACUCGCCUCUUCCAUCCCUCUAUCGCUAUGCUUAGAGCGCUAGCUGACCCAUAUCUUGUGCGGAGAUUCCAAACACUGUGUGGCUUGAAGGAGAUCAAGGAACCGCGGGAAGAACUCAACCGUGAUAACAAGUUUGCGAACGGCCAUGCCGGCAAUGGUUAUGUCAACGGAUUUAGACCGAACGGUGUGCUACAUAAGAACGGUUAUUACCCUAAGAUCAGUGAAGAGGAACUGAACAAAAAUAACUAUAAUUUACCAGAACUAAAGGAACAGAAAUACACCUACAAUCCAUUUUUCCACUGGCUGUUUACUCUCGGCGCAACGCUAGGGUAUGAGGUGUUCUACAUCACUUUCUUUCCGUUCGUGUUUUGGAACAUGGACGAGUACGUUGCUCGUAGGCUCGUAUUUCUCUGGUGCUUGUUCAUGUAUGUUGGUCAGUGUGCAAAGGAUGUGAUCCAGUGGCCGAGACCCCCGUGUCCGCCGGUGAUUUCGGUGGAGAAGCGUUUUGAGUGCGAGUACGGUAUGCCCUCAACACACGCUAUAGUUGGAGCACUUAUUCCCUUUACUCUCGUUUACUACACCUACGAUCGAUAUGAGUAUCCCCUACCUGUCGGCAUUGCGGUUUUUGUCUGCUGGUGUCUCCUGGUGUGCAGCAGCAGGCUUUAUAUGGGGAUGCACACCUUGCAGGAUGUCCUUGCCGGCUUGGCUCUGACCGUAGCGAUGCUAGUGGUAGUCAUCCCAGUCCUUGAUGUCCAACUGGAAAACUGGGUUCUUACAUCACCCAGUGCUCCCAUUUUCAUUGUUGCUAUCCCGCUGGCCAUGUGCGUCCUAUACCCAACCCCACCCUUAAAGACAGAGACCAAAGCAGACACUAUCAUGGUAGUAGGUGUUGGUGUUGGUGUGUUGCUGGCUUCCUGGGCACGCUUCGCACCCACUAGAGUACCAGAUCCCUAUCUUGGUACCCCAUUCCUCAUAACCUUUCCAGGAUUUGACAGAGUCAUGGCGAUGCUGAGUAGGUUUCUCCUGGGAAUCAUGAUUCUUGCACCAACUCGGAGUGUGAUGAAGGCGUUGAUACACAUGGUGCUCCCUAGAGUUCUACCAAAGUACUUGGAACCAAAGUUGGAGAAGGACUUUAUUGAACACACACAUCGGUUCAUCACUUACACAGUAGUUGGCUUCAAUGCAGUCUUUAUUGUCCCAAUGUGCUUUGAAUACUUUGGUAUAUAAUGGAACAAUAAUUUGCAUGACAUGACAAAACUGUACAUACCUAGAAGGCAAGAAUCAAGGCAAAAUAUAUACAAAGAAAGAAAAGAAACUUUUAUAUGAUGCAAUAGUAUUGUUGUAAUUUCCAAUAUGACACAAUAGUAUUGUUGUAAUUUCUUUUUUGUAAUAAAUUGUUCAAGACAAACCUGGAAAUGAAAAGGCAUGUUUCCAAUUUGAUUGCACAUAAUAUAUUAUUCAAGUAAGAUUUGUCCAGAUAUGCUGUUUCUUUUCAACAACAAAACACUGUUUGUGACCAAAGAUUUACUUCAAAAGUAAAUAAAUUGUUGGUGACAUCAAA